UGUGCGAAAGAUCCAGCGAAAGAUCCAGGGAGAGAUGCUCGUUGCCAUCAAAAGCUCGCCUAAAAUGCCUCCUUCAAAAAUUCAAAAAAGACUCUUUGCUUGCUUUCUCAUUAUUUUCUUGCUUUCUCGUGGGUUGUUUGAGAGAGUGCUCUACCAUCCUAUCUCUUGUGUUGCUUCACUUCUAACCAUCAAUAGUUAAUCUUCACCAUGAGCAGCGCCUUUGGAGUAACGCUCAAGAAGAGCAGCAAUCCGUUUGGCGUGCAGCUGAAGAACACUCCCAAGUCUCCUCGACCCACCAAAGAACGCCUCCGCAAAUUUGCCAACAAGGAAGAUCUCUCGGGCAAACGCCAAUCGCUGCGUCACGUAUCGCCGGCUCCUCCGAAAGUGAAACGCGUGGAUAGUACAGGCAAGAAAUGGUUGCGCAAAGUGGCGCCGUAUCCUUUUACGCUGCGCCAUAAUCCCACCUUUGGCGUGGUCUUGCGAACAACUAGUAAAAACAAUAAAGACAACAAGGAAGGCAAUCAAGUCGAAGCCCUCCACGAUCAUCAUCAUCACGAUCACGACAAACCCGAGUCUCCCGUCAGUACCAGUCACAGUACUACCAACAGUGUUGGAUCGAGUAGCAACAACAGCGAUACUAUCGAACAAUUUCUCGAUUUGGAUUUUCGCGAUCGAAAAUUUGGCAGCGGCAACCAAGAAAAACCAAAGAGUCUCCACGGUGGAGGCACCGUGGAUGGUCCUGUGACCGCCGUGCCGUUUGGAGUGCGUCUCAAGCCCGUGCGUCGGUGUCAUCAUGCCGAGACGCUUGGCUUGUCGCCACCUCCGGAUCCAACUCGGACUUUUCAAAUUGACUUGAAUCCAGUCGCCGGACAACCCGGUGGAACGUACACACCCGCCAAUCGAUCCUUUCUCGAAGUCAAAUUAAAGCCGGUACGAGCCAAACAACAGUCAUCGCCGUCGUCACAAGAUGGGAAUAAUCACGACAGCAGCGGCAGCAAUGGUUGGAACAAGGCGUGGGCGAAAGGGGAACUUCCCGAAUUUGUCGAAUUCAAAUUGCGACACGUCGUGGCACCCCGCGAUGGAGGACCGGAACGGACCGUCACGGAAGCGACCUUUCAAAUUCCUCUGUUGCGUCAUGUGUCUCCCGAAGAAUUGCGGCAAUUUCAAAAGUCCCCCGAUCCACUCGAAGAUUUGUUGCAAAUGACACUGUCGUCAUUGAGUCAUGUCGUGCCCACUCCACGAGAAAUUCCACCGGCCCAGCACAAUAUUACCUUUCACCUCAAGCGUCGCGAUCCCGUCACCAAAGAGGAACGGUCGCUCAGUCAUUGCAUUGACAUUCAAUUGAAAAAUGUUCCCCGCAGUAACAAUCCCAAGGAACGGGAAAUCCCGUCGAUGCAGGUGAAUUUGCGAAAGGUAAAAUUUGAUGACAAGGAGGUCGACGACAACAAGGAUCCGUUUGACAUUAAACUCAAGCACGUUCGCGUCAAGGAGGAACUGUACGAAGAAACCGAACGGGAAGAGGACGAAUUGUUUGACUUUCCCGACGACGACGAAGACGAAUCCGAGCACGAAUUGGAAGAAUUGCAGGAGCAAAACAAAAAUCCUCGCGAUGAACGACGCAGCAGUUUGCCCGAUUUGCACUUGGGAGAAUUGGUCAUUACGAGCAAGACGGAAGACUCGGAUUUGACCAAGGACGAAGAAGAGGCGCAGCCCUCAAAAAAAAAGGAGGCUGUGCCACCACAGGUUGUGGAACCAGCCACCAAAGACGAAGAAGAGUACGAGGAGGAGGUAGUCAUGGAAGAAGUCGACGAAUAUGAAUGGGUCGAAUGCGACGAAUACGAGGAAGUCGAGAUUGACGAAUACGAGUACGAAGAGUACGUCUUGGACGAUGGCAAGAAGAAAAAGAAAAAGCGCAAAAAGAAGAAACCCGUCACACAAUCUACCCGAGAAGGACGUUCCGCGGGGCGUCCUGCGCUACGACGUCAACGAUCCAGUUCCUUGUCGGAGAUUGAUCGUUUGCGGACUCGUCGCGACACGUACAUUAAGCUGAAGGAACAGGAAGCCAAGGACAAGGACGACAAAACGGAGCUCACCAACCAGCAAGGCCGUGAUUUGCUCAUGUGGUACAAUCGCAUGAAGACUCCCAACAAGGAAGAAAUGAAACGUCGUGUGGCCAAACUCCCCGCGUCCUGUGAUAUUACCCCCGAGGAUGUGGAACUCUUGCCGUGGCUGUGCAAGGGCCGAUUCUUGAACUUGAAGGUGAUGAAUCAAUACUUUUUGGAUGAUUGGCAGGGAAAAGACGAGAAAAAUCACACUGACAGCGAUUGAGUGAUGCAAGAAUGCGAUGAAAAAGCAAUAAGUGUUUGUGAUGGGCCCGGGCGGGAAUAGAACGGCAUGGGCAAGACGUAACCGAAAGAAGUCGAACGAAGAAAAAACGAACAAGACAACAAACUAUCGACUGGACUCUGUGUAUGUUGCAGGGGUGAAUUGAGCGACAAAUCAAAAAAUACACGUUGAAUGAAUACGUAGCAGCGUGAUAAGAAAAUAAGCACAAACGUAGCUGCAAACAUCGUC